AUGUCAACAUCCCGCAAGCGUAUACCAGAGCACGAGCUGGUCGUCCUGGGAGGCGGAGGUGUGGGCAAGUCCGCCAUUACAAUCCAAUACGUCCAAAGUCGUUUCGAAAUGGGCUGGGAUCCGACAAUCGAAGACACCUACCGAAAGCCGGCGGUAGUUGACCGACAAGAAGUCAUGCUCGCUAUAAUAGACACGGCAGGCCAAGAAGAAUAUCGAUUGAUGCGUCCAGGUUACCUUCGAUCGGCACAAGGUUUUCUCCUCGUCUAUGACAUUACAUCAAGAGUGUCGUUCAACGACGUCUCUCGAUUUCACGACGAGAUUUGCCAGGCAAAGGACCUGGCUACAUACCCGGCGAUAAUAUUACUCGGCAACAAGGCCGAUCUUGCUGAUCGGCGACAAGUCAAGACUUCAGAGGGCGAAGAGCUUGCACGACGUAUGAAGUGCGGGUUUAUGGAGUGCUCCGCCAAAUUCCGGGAAAAUAUCGACGAAGCAUUCCAUGCGGUAGUACGUGCGGUGCGCAAGUACAACCAUAAAAACAUACUGGACCGCACGGCAGACUUGCUGGCGGGCGAGGACGGACCCGAGCGAACUCAUUACGGCGAAGAAGAGCCGAAGGGGUGCUGCACGAUUUCUUGA